CCCGGGGGAGCCAGGCAACAGACGCCUGGGCUUCCGCCUCUGGCUCGCCCCGCCCCCGGCCGUUGGUUCUCUGAACUGCUCCCUUCCGGGCCUCUGCGCCGUGCGCCCCGUGCGCGCGCUGGCGCCCUCGCACCGCGCUGCAGGAGCUCAGCCGAGACCCGCCGGGGAGGGAAGAGAGCGGGAGAGGCAGUGCGCGCCGCCCGAGGCCUGGGGUCCCGGCCACAGCUGCGCCGAAGACCUGCGGGCGCUCUCGGCUCGGCCGAACCGGGCGAGGAUUUCCCCUACAGUCCGGCCGGGGCUGCGUAGACGCCGUACUCCAUCAACCCUGACUCGCACCUGGGCCCCGUGCGAACGUCCUUGAGGCGGGGACCCUAGUGUUCUGGGCACAAGAAAUAAGCACGUGUCUUAAGACCGACCGCACUUCAGAUUCGAUGAAAUACGGUACCUCCUACGGGAGAUGGUGGGCCCCGCCCACCCGAACCCAGACCCUUUCCACGCUGGCGCGGAGCCGCCUUGGGCUCCCGGCCCCGCCCCCUGGGGGGGGCUCCUCCCCCACCCCGCGCAGGCGCGGAGCCUACUAGCCGGCUCUUGCCCUCGAGACGCGCGGAUGCUGAGAUGGCGGAUUCCGAGCUGCAGCUGGUGGCACGGCGGGUCCGCAGCUUCCCCGACUUCCCCGUCCCCGGCGUGCUGUUCAGGGACAUUUCACCCGUCCUGAAGGACCCCGACUCCUUCCGCGCCUCCAUCAGCCUCCUGGCUAAUCACCUGAAAAAGGCCCACGGCGGCAGGAUCGACUACAUCGCGGGCCUAGACUCCCGUGGCUUCCUGUUUGGUCCCUCCCUGGCCCAGGAGCUGGGCUUGGGCUGCAUUCUCAUCCGGAAGCGAGGGAAGCUGCCAGGCCCCACUGUGUGUGCCUCUUACGCACUGGAAUACGGGAAGGCUGAGCUGGAGAUCCAGAGGGACGCCCUGGAGCCAGGGCAGAAGGUGGUGGUGGUGGAUGACCUGCUGGCCACUGGUGGAACCAUGCGUGCAGCCUGUGAGCUGCUGGGCCAGCUGCAGGCCCAGGUGCUGGAGUGCGUGAGCCUGGUGGAGCUGACCUCUCUGAAGGGCAAGGAGAAGCUGGGGGCUGUGCCCUUCUUCUCUCUCCUGCAGUACGAGUGACCCCGGCCCCAGCCCUCCACCAACUGGAAGAGAAGAGGAUCAGCCUUUGGGGCAGGGCGGGGCGGGACUUGGGCGUCUGUGGCUCAGUAUUUUCUUCUGAGCGGGGCUGCUACCUGGGGGGGGGCCUGCUGGGGCUUCUGGAAGCCCCAAGGCCUGGAGCUGCAGGCUCAUUGACAGUGGAAUGAGAAUGAGAAUAAACUGACUUUCUAGA